AUGUAUUCAAGUGCAAGAUUGAAUGAUUGUCUCUCUGAAUUCAGCCAAGUUUCUGGUUUAGAAACAAAUCCUAAUAAGUGCUCUACGUACAUGAGUGAUAUUGAUGAUAACCUAAAGCUCCAUAUUUGUUCUCUUCUAAACUUUUCUGAAGGUGUAUUGCCAGUGAGAUAUUUGGGUAUGCCAUUAAUAUCAAAAAGGUUAUCAUACUUGGAUUGCUCCCCUUUGAUUAACAAAGUCUUUGACCAGUUCCAGAGUUGGCAAAAGAAGAAAACAUUGUCCUACGCUGGGAGAUUGCAACUAAUCAAAAUAGUUAUUUUGGGUAUACAAAUCUUUUGGACUAGUAACUAUGUCUUGCUAGUUAAAGUCCUGGAGAAAAUAGAUAGUCUCUGUUCUGAUUUUCUUUGGAAUCAUAAAAUUCAUUUGCUUUCCUGGGUUACAAUUUGUCAGAGCAAGGAGCGUGGAGGUUUAGGGGUCUUAUGUGCUAAAGCCAGGAACUAUGUAGCGGCCAUGAAGCUUCUAUGGAUGAUUCAUCUCAAGAAGGAUCUGUCAUGGAUUAAGUGGGUUCAUGGUAUCUACCUACGACAAUUUAACAUAUGGCAAGUUCAAAUAAGGGUGAAUGAUUCUUGGAUGUGGAAGCAACUUCUCAAAGUGAGGGAUAUGAUGAUUGACAAAUUUAGUAAUGUUAUAAAUAUUCAAAAUGUCAUCAACAGGAAUUGCUCUGAGGGGAAGGUUCAAUUAUCUUCUAUCUGCAGUGAACUAAUUCAACAAAAUGCUCAAUUGCUUGGUUGA